UGAAUGACUGUUUGCAGCUGUGAUUGGAUUCAGUGUUUACUUUGCUUUCAUUGCAGUCAUUGUCCACAAUAUAGACGCACUUCAAGCACUUCCAGUCACUUCCAACCCAUUAGCCAUAACUACCACUUAUUACCACCAUUUGGUCCAUCACUACGAGAGCUGAUAAUCGAUGGCUAAUCCCAACAAAUCCUUCAAACAAAGACGUUCUUUCGCCCAACGCAAACAAGACGUGGAAGAGAUCCGAAACCUUCACCCGAAUAAGAUCCCAGUAGUGAUCGAACGCUUUCAUGGAGAGAAACAGUUACCCCUUUUGGACAGAACUAAGUUCUUAGUUCCGGAUCACGUGUCCAUUGGAGAGCUCAUCAAAAUUAUCAGACGUCGCCUUCAAUUACAUCCAAAUCAGGCUUUCUUUCUGCUAAUAAACCAGAGAUCGAUAGCAGCCGUCUCUACCACUAUGGGAGAGAUCUAUGAGAGGGAAAGGGAUGAGGACGGCUUCCUGUAUGUGGUGUACGCCUCUCAGGAGGUGUUUGGUUGACACAAGUGUUUCACUCAU